AUGCCCAAGUACGCUAAGUACUUGAGGAAUGUGGUUGCAAAUAAGUUGCAGGAUGUGGAAACGGUAGCACUCACAGAAGAGUGUAGUGCUAUGAUGACACAAAAGAUGCCAAAAAAGCUUAAGGACCCUAGGAAGUUUAAUCUCCUCAUACAGAUUGGCAACAAUGAGAUGGUUCAGGCGUUUAGUGAUUUAAGGGUAAGUAUCAACUUGAUACACCUAUCUCUGUUUAAGACAUUAGGUUUGGGUAAGCCUAGACCAUGUACUGUGCGUCUACAACUGGCAGAUGGGUCCACUGCCUAUUCGAAAGAAAUCAUUGAGGAUGUCUUUAUAAAGGAAGACGAACAGACACCAAUUAUCUUGGGGUAUCCAAUCUUAGCAAUUGGAGGAGUAUUGAUUGAUGAUAGAGAAGGCACUCUCACAAUGAGGUUGGAAGAUGAAGAGGCGAUAUUUAAAUUUUACAAAGUUCUCAACAUAAUGUCCUAA